AUGUUCUCAAGGACAUUCCUCCGCUCAAACUUCGCACGGCAGGCCGUCCGCCCGGCCGCCCGCCCGAUCGCCUUCCGGGCCCCCCUCCCCUUCCUGACCCAGCACCGCCUCCUCUCCGACGAGACGCGCAAGGCGAUCGAGAGCGCCGUCGGCUCCGCCCCCGUCGUCCUCUUCAUGAAGGGCACCCCCGAGACACCCCAGUGCGGCUUCUCCCGCGCCACGAUCCAGAUCCUCGGCCUGCAGGGCGUCGACCCCUCCAAGUUCGCCGCCUUCAACGUCCUGGCCGAUCCCGAGCUGCGUCAAGGUAUCAAGGAGUUCUCCGACUGGCCCACCAUUCCCCAGCUCUACGUCGACAAGGAGUUCGUCGGCGGCUGCGACAUCCUCGUGUCCAUGCACCAGAACGGCGAGCUGGCGAAGCUGCUCGAGGAGAAGAAGGUCCUCGCUGAGGCCGAGGCCGAGGCCGAGAAGAAGGAGUGA